ACUAUCUACAACUACCUAAUCUAAUAGACGAUAAACCACUUGAUUAAACAAACGGACAAAAUGGCAUCCAACUCCAACCCCGGAAACUUCGCCAACCGGUCCCACGACGAAGUGUCGAAUAUCGCCAAGAAGGGUGGCCAGUCGAGUCACUCGGGCGGGUUUGCCAGUAUGGAUGCUGAUAAGCAGGUAUAUUAUAUAUUCCUUCCUCAUGCUGCAAGACAUUUUGAGUUAGUCAAUGUUGAGUGAAGAUACUAACUUGGCUGGCUUUUAGCGCAACAUCGCAUCCCAAGGUGGCCAGGCCUCCAGCGGUAGCUUCCAACCCGGAGACCC